AUGGCUUCAAAACCACAAGUUUAUGUUCCUCUGGUUGUGUCCUUCGGAUUUUAUCAUCACAAAAAGGGGCAACAACUCUCUGUAAUGGACGACCACAAGCUAGAAGCAGUAGAAAGAACUUUGAAAAGGCUCAAUCAUAUGGACAUCUAUAUGUUGACAGCAGAAAUUGAAAUGUUAGAGGAAAGAAUCAGAGAUUGCUACCAAGAUUCAGCAGUUGAAUACGAUAGAGAAACAAUGGCCUGGAUGUUGACCAUGGAUGCAUGCUUUAUUCUCGAGUUCUUUAGGGCUCUGAGCAAAGAAAUGUCUAAUGAAGAACAAUCCUUCAGUCUUAUUUUCCAACGUGGGGAUGGAAAUGCUAUAUCAUGGGCGAUAAAGAGGGAUAUAAUAAAGUUGGAAAACCAAAUUCCACUAUUUGUUCUCAUACACUUACUCCAAUUAGAGCUUAAAACCCAUGAAAAAGCAGUAUCCAAGUUAGCUACAAUGCUCAGUCACUUCCGAGAAUUUAAAGGGUUUCCCUUCAGUUUGGAAGUUUGGGAACACCAAAUUCCAUGGAAAAUUGAAGAACACAUAAGAAAAGGUGCAUCUCAUAUGUUGGAUUUGUGUAGAAUGUUAAUUUCAGAUUUCUUAACACAUUCACAUCCCCAUUCUCCUUCUUUUGCAGUGUCAGUCUCUAAGAACCAGAAUAAUAAUGAAUAG